AUGAGUGCUCUAUUUGGAUUAAUAUUGUUGGUGGUGUGUAGUGACAUGAACACAAUCGAAGGGGAGUUCAUAGAAGAAUCCCACAUAGUCUUACCCACAGAUAGAGUGGAGAGAUUCACCCAUCUUCACUUCUACUUCCAUGAUAUAUUGGAUGGUGAACAUCCCACAGCUGUGAGAAUUAUUGAUCCGCCAAGGCAUUCUCCAGGUGGAUUUGGAGUGACUUUCAUGGUGGAUAACCCUUUGACAGAAGGGCCAGAGCUGAGUUCAAAGGAGGUUGGAAGGGCUCAAGGAAGCUAUGCUUUGGCUUCUCAACAUGAUCUUGGAUUUAAGAUGUCUCAGCAUAUGCUUGGGAGGAACGCUGUUCUGGAUGAGAUCAGAGAAAUGCCAAUUGUUGGAGGCAGUGGUGCCUUCAGAUUUGCUCGGGGCUAUGCAUUGGCAAAGACUGUGUGGUCUAAUUCUACUUCUGGAAGUGCCAUUGUUGAGUACAACGGAAAAAACAAAAUUGUUGGAAUCCCCAAACACCCGAAAUUACCUCCCUCUGGCAAGAAGCAAUUUCCAACUGAGCCAGGCAGCGAGGAAGGGAUACAAUCCACCGUCGCAUACACGCCGUUUAUGCCCCUCGGUUCGGUUGUCCAUCAAUACCACACUCUUCAGAUGUUCAUAGGUUUUGAAAGUUUGAGAUUUGACUUGUUAAAGAGGAUUUUGCGAUAUCUUGUGGAUGGUUUACCUGAUGACAUUGGUGUUGCUCAGUAA